GUGAUGAAGCUUCGAACAAGGUGUGAUCGAGCAGAGGCGCAGCAAUCCUAGUGGACGGUGAGGGACGCCAUGCAGCUGUCUCUCCUAUUGUGAAGGCUCGGCGGAGCACCACACGUCUUGCUGCCCGAAGGAAAGCCAUGAGUCCCGUGGUGGCAGUGCAGGGCGGCGUGGAGAGCGGGCAGGCCACACACGAGGACGUGGUGAACCAUGUGCGCCCACCCGAAGAGGAUCCCCAGCUACGUGGUAUUUCCUCUUAUUCUUCCUCCCUCCCCUCCUCGUCCUCUUCGUCCUCCGCAUCAAGCAGCUCGGCAGAUCUUACCCGCGGCUACGGCCCCCCGCUCUCUCACUCCACCCCUUCUGUGGGCGAAAGUCAAGGGGUGGACACGAGUGACUACCCCGUGUACAGACCAACCACCGAGGCCAAGGAGAAGCUGCUGGGAACUCCGAAGAGUCGCUGUCGUCGGGAAAUAAACGACACCCCGGAGCCACGGCGGAAGAAACGUGUGUCUGUGAGCGUGGACGAGGAGCAGCUGUGGAUGUUCACCAAGCGGCAGUGGUUCCUGUUGCUGGUGGUGUGCUCCUCCACCUUCACCUCUUCCUUCGCUAUCUGCCUCUUCCCGCCGUUCUUCCCCAAACUGGCGCAGCAGAAGGGAUGUAGCUCUACCAUAUUCGGCCUCAUCAUAGGGAUGAACUGCCUCACAACUUUCUUGGUGACACCCUACAUAGGCAAGAAGCUGAGGACGAUCGGCAUCAAGUUCGCUUUUACUUCGGGUGUCUUUGCCAGUGGCGUCUGCUGUGUCCUGUCUGGGUUGCUGGAAUGGUUCCCGCCCGGUGUGCCGUUCAUACUUGUAGCCAUCCUGGUCCGCGUCGCUCAUGCCACCGCCAACGCACUCUCCAGCACCGCCAACUUCGCCUACAUUGGACUAGAAUUUCCAAAUGAAAUGGCAAAAGUGUUCGCAUGGACAAGGACGUGCAUGAAUGUGGCGCAGAUGUUCGGGCCCGUAGUGAGCGGUGAGCUGAUCGAGGAGGGCGGAUUCAAGCUGCCAUUUUUCGUAAUGGGGAGCUUGCAGGUGUGCAUGACGAUGCUGUGCUGUCUCCUGCCCCCCGACGAGCCCCUGGGAGCAGAGCAGCCCCAGGACAGCAGGGAGGUCACCAUCAGGCAGGUGGUGAGCAUCCCCGGCAUCUGGAUCGCUUUCAUCACCUUCAUCUUCUCCACCAUGAGCAAUGGCUUCCUCUCCAUCAACCUAGAACCACAGGUGCUUCGUCAGUUCGGACUGCGGGAAGGCUACGUCGGUCUGCUGUUCGGCCUCAAGGAUGGGAUCAACAGCCUAGCGUCUCCCUUCUGGGGCUGGUCGUGUGAUCGCCGCCGCAACUACACCAAGCACUUCAUCUUCAUCUCCUCAAUCCUGGCCUUCACUUCCUUUUUCCUCCUAGGGCCCUUCCCUGGAUUGCCUUUCGAAAGGACUGUCGGCACCGUCAUCUUGUCGCUGUCGCUCAACGGUGUGGGCAUCGGUGGGCAGCAGGUGGCAGGGGUGGUGGACGCCAUGCGGGAGUCUGUUGGCGCGGGGCUGCCGGACCAGGCGGGGCUGCAUGGGUGCGUGGCGGGCUUAUGGGCGUCGCUGUCUGGCAUCGGUCGCUUCACCUCCAGGACAGGUUCCGGCUACCUCGUGGACACCAUUGGCUUCAGGAAGACCUCGGCCAUCGUGGUGGCACUGCACGUCUUUGUGAUGGUGAUGACCGGCACGUACCUGCUGGUGUGUGGUAAGCGAGAAAUGAAGAGGAGAGAGCAGUCCAAGGAACCAUUGGGCGGCAUUGGCGUCCUUACCGCCAGCCCAUCGGAUCCCGUCACUACCAAGACGGUAAACAUCCUUGCUUCUUACCGAGAAGACAUUCAGGAUUCCAUCGUGUGCGGCUCUGCACCCAUCCCCACCCCAACCAGGUAUGUUCGUGCCCACUUUGGUACUCCUCCCUGCAGUAGCGGGUCCGUGUAGGCGCGGCUCGGUGUAUGGCCACCAAGCUGACCCAACGCAGGUUGGAUACUAAGCAUACUGGUGAGGUCCACAAGAGCUGGUCUAGUCGCGCAAGGAAUGUGUCCAAAAUAACUGAUCAGAACAUGUGACAACGCUGUAAAGAAUAAAUGGAGACGUGAGACGAAGAAUAGUGGAUAAUGAAAGAACAUCCUUGCACCGGCGAUAAAAGUCACUUUCAUCAUCUGACACGUUCCACUCAUUGCUUCGCGCACCUGUGCAACACAGUAUUCAGGGUCACGUCGGCUUUCCCAUGUUUGAUUUCAGAACGGCGGGGCGAAGAGCAAGGAGGCAGUGCUGAAAUCCUGGAAUGUACAUGUUUAUUCAUGAAUAUUUUCCAUCAAUAUUGAAUCCUUCAUAUAAUAAUAAUAAUAAUAAUAAUAAUUAAUAAUAAUAAUUAGCGAUAUUAAUAAUAAUAGUGAAUUAAUAAUAAUACUGAUAAUAAAAUUAUUAUUAUUAAUGAUAAUGAUAAUGAUAAUAGAUAUUAAUAAUAAUAAUAAUAAUAAUUAAUAAUAAUAAUAAUAAUUGUAUGUA